UCUUCUGACGUCAGAGCCACCGGCGUUUAAAACAACCCGCAUCUGGGCUGACGUCUUUAAUACUAGUUUUUAUAACGCAAAAUAUGUAUUUCUGACAUCAAAGACGGCUUUUGAAAAAAUGCUUUACGAUGCGCCCUGUUGUGUUGUAGAAGUUUAAUACAGGAGAUUGCUACUGGAAAUCCUCAGGAAGGCGUUUAAGCAAAUUAAACAUGGUAGUAUUGCGCUUCGCCCUAUAAGCGUCCAGCAGCUUUAUGCUUUACCAAUCAAUUGUUACAGUGAAACACAGCAGACCUGCAGUCUCGCCUGCUUUCUCGGAAACAGGGAUCACUCUACAAUGUCCUAUCCUCAAUUCGGAUAUCCUUACUCUUCUGCACCACAGUUCCUCAUGACCACCAACUCUUUGACAUCUUGCUGCGAGUCGAGUACCAGAUCCAUCUCGGAUUCUUCAGCGCAGACGCCCGUCUACUGUCCCGUCUAUGAAAGCAGACUGCUUGCCACUGCCAGACACGAGCUGAGCUCCGCCGCUGCGCUGGGAGUCUAUGGGAACCCGUACACAAGCAGUCAAGGCUAUGGGAAUUAUGUUACUUAUGGAGCCGACGCCUCUGCUUUCUACUCUUUGGGAACGUUUGAUGCCAAGGAUGGAAGUGCGACUGCGCAUGCGGGUAUAACCCAGGCUGCCGCAUAUUACCCAUAUGAUCCCACCCUGGGACAGUAUCAGUAUGACAGAUACGGAUCUAUGGAGGGAGGAACAAGAAGAAAAAAUGCCACCCGUGAGACGACCAGCACGUUAAAAGCGUGGCUUCAGGAGCACAGGAAAAACCCAUAUCCUACCAAAGGAGAGAAGAUCAUGCUGGCCAUCAUCACCAAGAUGACCCUCACACAAGUGUCCACAUGGUUCGCCAACGCCAGGAGGAGACUCAAGAAGGAGAACAAGAUGACAUGGCCACCGAGAAACAAGGGCUCAGACGAGAAAAAAUACGAUGACGAUGAGGAUGGAUCACAGGAAGAUCAAAUCAAAAGUGAAACCAAUGAUGAUGAGAGUAAAAGUCGAGAGGACAAGGAACUUCAGUUAAGUGACUUGGACGAUUUUGACACCAUUGAGUCAGAGAGCUCGGAGUGUGAACUUAAACAUCGCUUUCACAUGAACGCGCACAUGGCGACCACCGACGAUCGCCCCAAAGAAACCUCUCCAAAACUCUCCAUUCCGGGUCUGCUCGAAGCUGACCGCGAUUUAACCAAAAGUUGCUUAAAGACGUCCGCCGAUGACUGCGAACAUGACGUCGGCGACCUUCGGCACACCAAAACGUGUUUCCAACAGCAAGGCCAUCCAUUACUGGACAGCAAACCACGAAUCUGGUCUUUGGCCCAGACCGCGACCUCGCUGAUCCCAACAGAGUACUCUUCAUGUAUGCUUAGAUGUCAACCAUCACCCUCUGCCUGCUCGCCUGUUAACGGCCUAGAUAGACAGCAGGAUUCACCGGUUACCACUCUCAGAAACUGGGUAGAUGGAGUUUUUCACGACCCCUUGUUUAGGCACAGCUCAUUAAACCAAGCACAAACGAACACUACAGUUUCUUGGACCACCACGACCAAAGGGGCCAUCUUAGAAACAGAAGCCCUUGGACGCUCCAUAGCGAACACCAACGUUAUAAAAACACAGCAGCUUGAGGCCAGCAAGGACAGUAUGACUUUUCCAAAGGGGGUGAAUAAAAUAUUCUGCUCCUAGCACACCCAUUUACUCUUUGAAAACCAAGGUGGACUGUUUGGAAUAGCUGCUAACGAUUUUUUAUUUCAUAACAGUUAGCAAAGACUGUAAAUCAGUGGACCCAAAAUAUGUCUUACGUUUUGCUACAUAAAAAUGGGCUGUCAUGGGAAAGUGUAUGUAUUUAUUGUUGUAUUGACAUCUCACUGGUGAGGGUCCCAAAAAGGGAUUGCUUUACAGUAUAUAUUUAUUUGUUUAGUUGAGUUUUGUAACGCACGUUCAAUUUGUGUAAAUUAACAACUAUGGCUGGAAAGUUUACAAUCCGAUUUGGGGUUCUAAUGUUGAUUUGGCAUGCAUAUGUUCCUAGUUUUCAUUGGAUAUUAUUUUAGAUGAACUCGGACAUUGUUGCAAUGACUCACAAGUGUCACUGUUAAGAUCGUAUCGCACAAAUGCACAAAUCCCUGUUGAAUUUGGGGAAUGUUGAGAUCUGCUCACUAUAAUAAAAAAAAACAGCUGAUGUUUCCAAGUCUUGGGUCCGUGCGUCGAUCAAAGUCGCUGUCCUUGGUGCUGAAUGUAUACGCGUUUCUAUGUUACAGGUUUUGUUAAACGUUAUCUAACUGCUUUGCUUAAAAUCUGUAAAGAUCUAUUUCUGUAAACGAAACACUUUGAACAGCUAAUCUGCAUUUAUCACUAAAUAUCUGACAGUCAUAAUGGUGGCAUUUUUUACAUUUUGAUUGUAAAUUGACAUAAUAAAACACUCCGUUCAUUUUUAUUAAAUGUACUUAAUUAUUUAUUUAUUUAUUUAUAAAAUAGCAUUUUUUUUCAAAACUAGAAAAUAAUAGAAAAAAUGUAUUUGAUUACAUCAACCUAAUGCCCUAACAAUCAAAACACCCGACUAUUAUUUAUCUAAAUAGUGAUGUUCUCAGCAGCGAGUGCUCUGUGUUUACUGUGUUUGGGUUUGUAAUAAUCUCUCAAUCACCGUUUAUCAUUCUCUCUCAUACUCUGAUGGGAGAGAUGAGACCCCGAGGAGCCAUAAGACAGCGCUGGAUGAGCCCCAUUAACCCGCCAUAACCAGCCUGUAAUUGGGAUGUUUUUAGUCAUCAUUCACUUCACCCUAUCGAUUUCUACUCUCGUUCUGAUAAUAUUAUCGAAGCACCAAAUCCUUUACUUUGACCCAGCACUUGAGUUCUCCUGACAGCCCGUUUAUAUGGUGGAAGGCGAGAUCAUUUGAAAUGUUCAUCGUGACACAGACCCCUCAAUUUCUGAAUGUUCCCUGUACUCACCGGGGCACGUCUCUAUAAGUGAAAAGGGCAAGAGAAUUAGUUGGUCUAGAUAAAAGGGCAAAAACGCGCAGUCGAAAGUACGAGUUGACAGUGAUGGUGAAAGUGUGGCCCCUGGAGGACUGGGGCCCGUUGAGAGGGGCCUAAGUGAUGAAUUUUAAUGUGAAAACCAAACGAUUGAGAUCUUCUCUUGGGCGAUCCACUGGACAAAGACGUCUGAAAAAGAAACAGCACAAUGCACAACAAAUAACUACAUAGCGAAUUGGUGUUAAAACAGGAUUAGUAUAACAAAUAAAUGCAAUUAAAGUCGUUUUAUUUUUUUGUUAAUAAAUGUAUAAGAAUUAAAACAGAUUUGAAACAUUUUACAAAGAUUUUAAAAAGAUUUAUACAACAGAAUAUAGCAUCUUAUAUUUAAUGUUAUAGUAAACUUUCACAGCGUUGUAAAACAGGGAAGGAGAAAAGAGAGAGAGAGAGAGACAGAAAGAGAGAUGUGAAGCGUUUGACUUACUCAUUCAUCCGUGGUAAAUUCACAGCCACAGUGGAGGGAUGAUGCUGAAUUAACGGCGCUUUUACAUAGAAAGCAAAUCAAACUGUAAUCAGCGACGCGUUACUUUUCAUUAAGCGCCCGUGACAGCAGCAUACUGUAUUCAGACUCGACAGGGGACACGGGGACCCCUGAAAUAAACUGCUCUCAAAACAGAGAGCCAUAAGAUAAUUCCUUAAGCUCCAUUAACAACUCUUAGCCGCGGGAAAUAGAAAACAUCUCCAAAUCUAAAAGCUUUAUCGACCUGCGCAAACCUCUACUGAUGGCUUCGUUUUUUUCUUUUAUUUAUAUAUUUAUGUUCCUUCAGCUUAAGGGACAGGAACGUCCAGCGGCGGUAAUAGACUUUAACACAACACAUUAACUGAGCAAGACUGGCGAAAAGAUUUAGAUCUUCAGCUGACCAAUUAGUGUGUUUUAUUUUCUUCACUGACUCCGUCAACCAUCGGAUUUAAGCGCAAACACUGCGCUUGACCUGCAAAUACUAUAGUGCUUAUAUCUCUGGUUACGAUUAGCCUACUAUUUGCAUAAGUAUUAAGUCGUUGUUGAAACUCCCUCUUAAAUCCAUUUUUAGCAAAAAGUUUAGAGGAAACACAGGAAAUUUGAGUAACAACCAAAUAAAUAAAUUAAUUAAUUAAUAUCACCUUUCUUCUUCCUCCUCUUCUUCUUUCAUUUCUU